AUGAAAUCCAAAGAAAAAGCAUUUGAAAAUUUUUUUAUUUUGGAAAGAUUGGUAUCAAAUCUUAAUGAAAAAAAUAUUCCUUUUUUAAUUGCUGGUGAUAUAAAUCAUAAUAGAAUUCAAAUAAAAGAGAAAUUAGGAAAUGAAAUUUCUUUUGCAAAUGAUAAAGAUAUAGAAACAACGAUUGGUAAAAACUCAAUCGAUCACAUUAUGUUUUCUUCUCACAGCAAAUCAUUAUAUUUUAAAGUAUUGAAAAAUGCAAUAACAUCCUCAGAAAAAGCAAAAAUCAAUCAUUACGCUAUAAGAUCAACAUUUAACAUUAAAAAAGGUACUGAAUUAAAUAAUUAA